UCUGGUGUUAUAUAUUAAAAUAUUAUUUUAAGUACAAUCCAUUUUCAGAAAAGUUGCAAUCACUUAUUGGAUUUUGGUAAAUUACUAUGCAUACGGACAUUUAUAAACUUUAUUAUUUAACAGUUACUCACUUAUCAGUUAUCAGAGGCACAGGACUUAAAUACAAAGACGACGAUGGAUAUACUUACUGGAAAAAUCGACAAUGUCGAAUGCACUUAACUAUUCGUUGUGCAUCCUGGAGAGCUGGUUGUCGUGCAAAAGGCAAAGUUUUUAAUAGCGACACUUCGAAAGUUUUGCUGCUGACAGGCCAUGAAACUCAUCCAGAAAACCAAUUGGCAUUAAAUAGGUUCAAAAAUAUUUGUAAUCAACGGGCACAGGCUGAACAAAUAUCACUUCGGGUCAUUUAUAACGAAUAAAAUAAUAAUGAAAUAUAAAACCGACAUUAUAAUUUUUUUGUCACGUCUGCACCGAAAGUUUAGUUGUCGAUGACGGUUGAAGCGGAAAGUGACCUUUUCCGUCCAGUGGGCAGUAAAGUGGAAAUCUCAAAACGUGGUAAUUUUAAGCGCAAUUGGUAAACUCUCUAACCAGACACUGAUCGAUUAACGCAGAGGUUUGACAAAAAAUAGUUAGUGUGGCU